ACACUCCAAAUCCACUGAGCCAUGUGGGGAUGGGCAAGAAUGUUGAGCAAUUUUUUUUUAAUCAAAACAUUUACUUUCACUGGUUCUUAACCAUGUGGAUGUUUAAAAAUAAAUAACAGUAGCUUGGCUUUACCCCAAACUUAUUAAACCAGAAUCUCAGGGGUGGGGAUUUGUAACUGAGCAACAGACCAAAGUCCCUUGGAGAAAGAAAGAUUAAAGUAACUAGAUCUAGCUGGUUAAUCACCCUUCGAAUCAAAGAGGCACAUACUGAGUAGCAGAGAGUGUUAUGAGCAUUUGGAGUUUAAGCUCCCAGUAGACUCAGUAGGAAGAGAGCGCUACGAUGGGCCCGGUUGCGCUCCUGGUGCUCUGUCUCUCCUGUUUGCUUCUCCUGUCGCUGUGGAUACAGAGCUCUGGAAGAAGGAAACUUCCACCUGGCCCUACUCCUCUCCCAAUUAUUGGAAACUUACUCCAGCUAGAUGUGAAGAACAUCAGCAAGUCCUUAAGCAAUCUCUCAAAAGUCUACGGCCCGGUGUUCACUGUGUACUUUGGCAUGAAGCCCACGGUGGUGCUGCACGGGUACGAGGCCAUCAAGGAAGCCCUGAUCGACCGGGGCGAGGAGUUUGCUGGAAGAGGCAGUUUCCCAGUGUUUGAGAAAGUUAGCCAAGGGUUUGGAAUCCUUUUCAGCAGUGGAAAGAGAUGGAAGGAGAUCCGGCGCUUCUCCCUCAUGACCCUGCGGAAUCUGGGCGUGGGGAAGAGGAACAUUGAGGACCGUGUUCAAGAGGAAGCCCGCUGCCUGGUGGAGGAGUUGAGGAAAACCAAUGCAUCACCCUGUGAUCCCACUUUUAUCCUGGGCUGUGCUCCCUGCAAUGUGAUCUGCUCCAUUAUUUUCCAGAAGCGUUUUGAUUAUAAAGAUAAAGCUUUUCUAAACAUAAUGGGAAGGUUUAAUGAAAAUGUCAAGAUUCUGAGCUCUCCAUGGAUUCAGAUCUACAACAAUUGCCCUGUUCUCCUGGACUAUUUCCCAGGGAGUCAGAACAAAGUAUUUAAAAAUAUUGCUUUUAUAAGAAGUUAUGUUACAGAGAAAACAAAGGAACAUCAAGCAUCCCUGGACAUUCACAAUCCUCGGGACUUCAUUGAUUAUUUCCUGAUCAAAAUGGAGCAGGAAAAGCACAAUCCGCACGGGGAGUUCACUAUUGACAACUUGACAAUCACCGUGUCUGAUUUCUUUGGAGCUGGGACAGAGACGACGAGUACCACGCUGAGAUAUGCUCUCCUGCUCCUGCUCAAGCACCCGGAGGUCUCAGAACAACCAUGAGCUCCAAACCUGUCAGAAUUAUUCCACCGAGUGGGAGGCUACCGUCAACCGCCUGGCCUGCAUCUGCAGGCUCCCAC